CAGUUGCAAAUGAAGAAAUGAAACUAAGUAAUCCACUGAAAUUGAUCACAGAAUCAAAAGCCAAGCUCGGACCAACUUGUGCUUGGAAUAAAAAACUGGAUGUGGUUUUUGAUGUGCAGCGCUCCACAAUGAAUCAUGUGCUGACUCCUGUGGAUCCGAUCGUGUAUGAUGUCGUCAAUGUGAAUCUCGGACAGGGGUACAGUUGCAACACUGGAAAGUUCACAAGUCCCAAGUGUGGGCUGUACUUUUUCAGUUACUCUUCACUGCCAGGGAGGGGGCUGGAGACAGAUGUGGCCCUGAUUAAGAACAAUAAGGCAGUCAGUGUAAUCCAUAGUGUGCUUCCAAGCGACAGUUCCCAGCUCUCAGCCAGAACUGUGAUCCUGAAUCUUCACCAAGGAGACCAAGUGUGGGUCAAGCUAGUUUCUGGGAAUCUCUGGAGUGAGGGAGGAUCACUCAGCUUCCAGGGGUUUUUCCUGACUCGAUCUGCUCAGUAAUGGAUUGGAAAGAUUGGGAUAAAUUCUUCACUUCAGUGUUGGUGGGUCAGAAGUUUUUGCCACAAAUUGGUCAAUAUUUUCUGACCACCCUGCCAAACCUUACCAUAACAGCUCACUUAUAAUAAGCUCACCAUCACUAAAGUGGAAAAUCUACACUGUUUAUCUCUGAGAAUCACAUUUGAUUCCAAGAGAGUUUAUGAAUUAACAAAUGCUUAAUAUCUGCUAUAUAAUAUGCUUCAGGAACUUAUUCUGUUAACAAAUAUCUCUUUAGAUAAUGGCAUAGACAAUAAGGAGACACUGAGACACAGGGACUAAGAAAGAAGGUCAGAUCGAGGGAAGGAUAUAAGGACAUAAGAACUAGAAGCAGGAGGAGGCAAUUCAGCCCCAGAACCUGCUCCACCAUUUGAUACAAUCACGGCUGAUCUCAUCUCAGCCUCAACUUGCCUGCCCACUCUCCAUAACCCUCCACCUAUUAUUAAUUAGCUAUCUGUCCAUCACCUCCUUAAAUUUCCUCAAUGUCCCAGCAUCCACCACACUCUGGGGUAGUCAAUUCCACAGAUUCAUGAUC